CGCUUCUACAUGCAGUCUGCACGCCAGCUAUCACAAUCAGGAUAAAUUAGUGACUACAAACGCGAGGCGAUAUGAAUGAGCCAGAGUUUGAAAUUGAUUCAACGACAGGUGAACUAAAAUUGAAGAAACGUAAGAUUGAUGACACGCAACGUAGCUUUGCAAAGCAUUUGAAAAAAACGUUUAAGGGAAAGCCUCAAAAAAUUUACGUUGAAACCAUGCACAUUUCCUGCCAAUCUGACACGUAUCAACCAGGCCACAACUAUGGCGGAGUGAUUAUUUAUCAAUACGACGGCAAGUCAGACUGGAAAACUGCCAACAACACUCACUGUAAGACUGGCUAUAUCGUCGUUCAAGACGCAGACUCGGAUAACGUACAGACAUGGAUAAGUGAAGAGUCUGGUGUAGUUCAAAGAGCUGUCUAUAGAAACGCUUUCGGAGAAUCUGCGAAGGACGUCGAAGUCGUUGGCGAAAGUUUUGCAAUACUAUACGGACAGUUUGAAAAGAAUUCACACAUCUUUAACAACCCACACGGCAGUGCAUUUCAUGAAGAUCGCAGAGAGAUGGAUAAAUUGUCGGAGCAUUGCGUCAGAAAGAUAGUGGAAUACUGGAAAAGAGUAGGCUCUUCCCGGGUAGAACAGAGAAAUUUUGAAGUGAAGGAAUUGCUCCAAGAUUUUGAUCAGUAGACAUAAUAAUUUCUAUACUAUUAACUUCAUUGAACAGUGAACUUUAUGCCUAACCUAAUUUGCAUACAAUGUAUUAAGCCUAUACAUGUAUAUAUAUAUAUAUAUAUAUAUAUAUAUAUAUAUAUAUAUAUAUAUAUAUAUAUAUAUAUAUAUAUAUAUAUAUAUAUAUAUAUAUAUACAUACAUGUACGUAUAUUACUUUCUCGGUUUUAUUAAUUUUAAAAAGGUUUGUCUGUAGCAUAUUCAUAUAAUAUCAAAGACUACUGGACUCAGUUAUUGCGUUCGAUAGCCAGCCAACAUGAUAACCGUAAUUUGCAUGUGUAUACAUAAUUUAUAAUGGUGUUGUUAUUGAAUAAAAUACGCGUUACUUUCAUGGUUUUGUAAAAUGUAUAUAAGAAUUAAAGUGUUGUUUGUAGCGACCAGUACCAAAG